AUGUCGAGAUGGUCGAUGGUGCUCCUACGGUGCCAAGUGCUGCCCCAGUGGCAUCCGCUGACGAUUUUCCCGAGGACCAUUGGAUCAAACCCAUGGACGAUAGUAUCCUGCCUCCCACCAUUUGAUGAGACACUGGAUGAGGUCUGGUACUCUCCUAUUUAUCCGGCUCGCACUCAAAGGCCCCCCUCCCCUGUUACCACAUUGAUGUCCAUUUCGUCUCAUCAGUCUCCCCAUCCUCUCAGCAAUGCGCAGAUUGAGGCUAUGCUGGCCCAAAUUCAGCUUGAUAUGGAGGAGCUACACACAUGUGAUGAUACCAUUCACAAUGAUCUGUCCAGUCGCAUCGAUGAGCUGCACGCCAACUAUACAGAACAAUUUGGCCUCCAGAAGGGACUGGUAGAUCAGUUGACUGCUCAGGUGGGCGGAAUUGCAAGGUACUUGAGGGACAACCAAAGGGCCGCUGCAUCAUCGGUCAUCACUCCACCUGCAUUCAAUCCACCACACAUUGUCGUCCCCAGUACCCCCAUAUUCCCCGAGUUCAGUUCUAUCAGUGCAUUAGGUCGCGCUGUUACCAACAAUGUCUUUACUCCAGAUGUUUCUUGUCUCGUGCCUGCCCCACUGGAGAUGGCUCGCCAGUGA